AUGGAAAAUCGUUUAGAAAAAAAUGUCAACAAAUUAAUUGAACGCUACAAAAAAACAAGUCAAUAAAUAGACUAAAUGAUUUAACCAGAACAAAUCAUUUCUCAACCAAUUACUCUCUAUUAAACAAGAUCUCGACAAAGUAGAACUAAUUUUAAUGAUGAGUAAAUCUUUAAUCUUCACAGUAUAGGGAGAGUUCAUCAAGGGAAAAAAAGAAUCAUUCUAUUGAAUAAAUUAGCAGACUUAGAGAAACCUUAAAUGCCAAAGAAAUAUAAGAAAAGGAAAAAUAAGAAAGAUUGAAGAUUUUGAAUAAAGAAUUAAAAGUACUCUUAUUUAUUUCAUUUAGAUGACAUUAAAAGAUUAUAUGUAAGCAAAUAAAGAUUUAGAAGUUAAAGUCAAUCAAAGAGAAAAGCAUAUUAAAUAAUUAGAAUUUGAAUUAAAAUCUAUUUAGGAUUCUUUUUCUAGAGUAGAAAAUAAUGUUAAGGAAACUAAAUUAAAGUGUGAUGGUUAAGAUAAACUAAUUGAGGAUUUAUAAUAAUAAUGUCAUGUUUCACAUCAAAAAUUACUAUUAAAAAAAAAUAAAAUAUAAAUGCUUAAAGAAUAGCUUAAACAAUAGGAAGCUUAAUUUGAUGAUCAAGGUUUAAAUUUUGGUAAAGAAUUAGAACGAGUUUAAAAAUUAUGUGAAGACUUUUCAUCUGAAAUGUAAAAUUUAAUAAUAUUAAUUAGUAAAAAUUAAGAAGCUUAAAAUAGAGAAUUGGAAGAAGAAAAAAUGUAAUUAUUAGAUGAUAAUUAAUAAAAAGAAGCUCAAAUUAGAUAUUUCGAAUAAUUAGUAUAAGAUUUUCGAUAUAGAGAUGAUGAUAACUAAUAAUAAAUUGACUAUUUAAAUUAAGAGUUACAAUAUUAAAAAGCAUAAACUUAAUAAUAUUUAAUACAAUUUGAAGAAUGUUAAGAAAAAUUAAAUUUAAUUUCUGAAAACACAUAAACAACUAUUUUAAACUAUGAAUAAGAAUAAAAAAAAAAGAAUGAAUAAUAGGAGGAAAUCCUAAUUAAAAAGAAAAAAAAGCUGAGUGAAUAAAAACAUAGAACUGAAUAACUAUAAUAAACAAUAUUUGAAUUAUAAAGAAAAUUAGAUAAUGAUGAUAAAAAUAUAUAAAUUCAAGAUUAUGAUCUCAAAAAAUUAUAAUAAAUUAAUAAUGAAUUAAAACAGAUAAGUGACUAAUAAACAUAAAAAUUAUAUAAUAAUGAAGAGAAAAUUUAACAAUUACUUUUAGAAUUAUCAGAAUAAAAAUAAAUUAGUUCAAAUUAAUUAAGUUAAAUAAAAUAGUUAGAACUAAAAUCUAAAUAAGAUGAAAGAAUUAUUGAAUAAGUAAUGUUGUUCUGUUAAUAAUUAUUAGCUCAAAGAUGAUAUUCAAAACUUAUCUGAUUCACUUAUUUAAGUUUAAGAUUACAAUAGAAGUUUAGAAAAGGAACAUUUAGAUCAUAAAUUAUAGCAUGAAAAAUAAAUGGAUGAAAUUGAGAAAAAGAUUGACAAUCUUGUUGAUUCAGCUUUUAAUGCAAAAGAAGAAUUAAAAGAAUAAAAAUAGAGAGAACAUGAUCUUAAAUAAAAACUAAAGUUAUAGGAAUCUGAGACUGAAAAGCAAUAGCAAAAGAGUUAGAAAUAUAAAUAAUAAUUGUAAAAUCUUAGAUAAACAAUAAAGAAUGUAAAAAUUUUUAUGUAUUUAGUUGGAAGAUAAAUUCAAAUAAUAUGAUUGUUAGGCUUAAUAAAUUUCAAUUAAAUCUUAAAAAUAGGAAGAAUUGUAGAAUUAAUAAAAAUUAAAAGUUUUAGAAGAUAUUUAGUCAUUAAUCAAAUUACAUAGAAAAUUUUGAAUAUGAG